AUCAUUGUGGCAGCCAAUCACAAUUAUAUUAUGACAGGGUAUAGAAACUUGCAAUUCGAUCCUCGAUCAAUAAUGUAGGUCGAACAUGAACUGAACUGAUUGUUAUCUUUUAAAAUGUUUUAACGGUUGUUAAUCAUGUAUCUAGGUACAUACCUGUUUAAAUGGAAAAUAUGACAUAGAUUGCAAAAAUGAAUUCCAACAUAAGAGGUGUGUUUGCUGCAGGUUCUAAGCCGACACCACCUCCAAAGGAAAAGGAUAAAACGCCUUCUGUUGUAAAGGAAGCCUGCAUCACUGCAACAUGGCUUACACAAGCCACGACCGUCCCCGAUCUGGUUUCAUAUCGUAUGGAGUGGCUUCCGAUCCUGGACAGAAUUAUCGGCGAGAACAAAGUCAUAGUAUCUCUUAAAGUUGACAGAGAAAACCUAUUUCAACAAGUCAUUGAUUUCUACAAGAAAUGCAACCCAAAGCAACACGUUCAAGUGAUAGUAAGAUUCGUUAACGAACAAGCAUUAGAUGGAGCAGGCGUCAGACGGGAAUUGUAUUACACGUUCUUCGAAGAAUGUCUUGGUGAAAGAAGGCAUAUGUUUGUUGGUGAAGGUCGACACAAGUUUCCAUCCAAUGAAAUGAACUUUGUCAACAAAGGCUAUUUUGAGGCUCUAGGGCGAGCAAUUGUUGCAUCUGUACUGAACGGUGACUGCGGGUUUCCAUAUCUCUCACCCAUAGUCUACAAAUAUCUCGUUGGAGAAGAUUAUACCGACCUUCUGACGCUAGAUGCUGUGCCAGAUCCAAGCAUUAAAGCUUUGGUCAAAGAUCUGAGGGCUGCUAAAUCUGCUGAUGAUUUGCUGGCUGUGAUAGAUAGCAAAGAAGGUGCUGUAAUUGACCAUAUUGGAUGGCCACCAGGACAAACAUUUACGCUGAAGAACAUUGAAUCCCUAAUUCAACAGCUGAUAAAGUGGGACAUUGUGGACAAAAGAAAGAGUUCUAUGGACAAUUUAAAGCUUGGCUUAGAGCACAUGGGAUUCCUGCAAAAGACAAAGAGAAAUCCGAGUCUUUUGCCCCUGUUGGUGUUCUCAGAAAAGCACCGCAUAACGGCGUACUAUUUAACGACAAAACUUAGCCCCAAAAUUCAGGAUUUGAAAUGUGAUGGUGAUCAUAAAAAGGAAUCAGCCAAGUCGUUUAUGUUAGAUUGGUUACAUAAUCUAACUGACGAAGACGCCGAAAGCUUCUAUCAGUUCGUAACGGGAUCCGCAGAUCCAACGGUGGCUGAUGAGGAAAUAGUUCUGGAGUUCAACACUUUCGAAAAAGGACAAAAGUUUCCCAAAGCUUCCACAUGCUCUUUCAUCUUCAGAAUUCCACUUGGCAACGCAAAUUCUAGCGAGUUCCAGAAAUCUAUCAAGGUUGCGUUGGACAAUGCUAAAUGCGGCUUUGACUAAAGAGAAAAUGAAAACUCGGUUUCGUGUUAUUCUACUAUGACACAAAACUAAAAUUGGUUGGUUGCUACAUAGAGAAUUAAGAGUGUAUUUUUUAUGAGUGACUUAAUUCUUUGGUUUGGUCAUAUUUAGCCAAAACAAUGUUGAUUUGCCAUUAUUUAUCCAAGUAUUACUCUGAAUCAAUCAAUCAAAUCAUUUAAAUGUGCGAAGUGGCCAAAAACAUAACCGGUCCACAUAUUAUCAAAGUUUUUUUUUAUAAUUGGCUGCAGAUCGUUAUAACAGUGGAUUUUAAUGUUAUUUUAGUCUUAACGUACAUAACAAAAGCAUGCAUAAGCAAAA